AGCGGAUAAGAGACCAAUAAUGUUGUAUUCAAAUUUAAGACUAUUUUGAUUUUUUUCUAACACAAUAAUAAUUUGCGAUAGUUAAAAAAUAUGAAUCAAAUGUUAUAGUAGCAUUAUUAAUUAAUUUCGUUAGAACUCAGUCUCGGUAUCCAAGUUAAAGUUGAUCUUAAACUUUAAAUUUCUUAAGCUGAAAUUUGAACAUGAAAUUGAAAAGCAAUGACGGGAUAUUUGGACUUAAGCUCAAAAACAUUCGUAGGUUUAUCGGGAAAGCCUCGAGUCGAAAAUCUUUCUCUCAGUCUAGAUUAGUUUAUGUUGGACACAAGCACCCACCUGGCAGUGAAGAUGAAGUUGAAGUUGAAGAAAGAUUUCCUGAUAAUACCAUAGUUACUUCAAAGUACACAAUAUGGAACUUCAUUCCAAAGAAUCUUUAUGAGCAGUUUCGAAGAAUAGCUAACUUCUAUUUCCUGUGUAUUGCAGUUAUUCAACUAAGUAUAAAUAGUCCUGUCAGCCCACUUACCAGUCUAGCUCCACUCAUAUUUGUGGUUACUAUUACUGCUGUUAAACAAGGUUAUGAAGAUUGGUUGAGACACAAAGCUGAUCGUAUAGUGAAUCACAUGCAUGUUCGAGUUAUCAGAAAUGGAAAAAUAACCAGGACUAGGUCUCAAGACAUCAAGGUAGGAGAUAUUGUUAAGGUGAAAUCUGAUGAGGAGUUUCCUUGUGAUCUUGUAAUGCUAUCUUCUAGCAAUACAGAGGGAGUUUGUUACAUCACAACAGCUAACCUUGAUGGAGAAACCAAUCUCAAAGUUCAUGAGUGCCUUCCAGAAACUCGAGAUUACCAGACAGCAGAGAGUUUCAGCAGCUUUUGUGCUUCCAUUGAGUGUGAAGAACCAACAGCAAACCUUUAUACAUUUAUUGGAAGAAUGACAUGCUACAAAAAUAUACAAGAAACUAGUAUUGGCUCUUUAGGGCCAGUACAUUUGUUAUUGAAGGGAGCCAGACUUAAAAACACAAACUUUGUAUACGGUUGUUGUGUAUAUACAGGUCCCGAGACAAAACUGUCAUUGAACCUUAACCUUACAUACAACAAAUUUUCUACUGUAGAAAGGUCAAUGAACAAGUUUUUGAUCUUUUUUUUGGUACUGUUAGUAGUAGAAGUUUCUUUAGCAACAGGAAUGAAAUACUUUUAUCAGAAUGAUCCAGUGAGGGGCAUUCCAUGGUAUUUACCUGUAGAUGACAGUAUAAGUGCAAAAGGAGUAUUAUCUGAUCUUCUGGUUUUUGUGGUUCUUUUCAACUAUAUAAUACCAAUCUCACUGUAUGUUACAAUUGAAAUGGUGAAGUUUACCGGUUCUUUGUUUCUAACCUGGGAUGCUGAAUUGUAUGAUAGUAGUUCAGAUGAAUAUGCUAAGUGUAAUAGCUCAGACUUGAAUGAAGAACUUGGCCAGGUAGAGUACUUGUUCACUGAUAAAACUGGAACUCUAACAGAAAAUGACAUGGUUUUUCGUCAUUGCUCAAUUGAUGCUGUCAAAUACACAGAAUAUAGUGGUAUGCUCUGCAAAGUGUCUGAAUCACAGCAGAGAAGUCCUGAACCUCUCUUCCAUUAUGUUGGAGCAGUUGAAAGUUUCCUUCUUGUUUUAGCUGUCUGUAACACAGUCCAGACCUUUAACAAUGGAACACUAUCGCAGUUAAACAAUUUCCAUAACAGUUCUAACCUUGAAUAUCAUGCAUCAUCACCAGAUGAAAAAGCACUAGUAGAUGCUUGUUGGAGGCUUGGAGUUAUUCUGCAUGGUGUGUUCAAUGAUACCUACUAUGUAACAUUCAAAGGGAAGCUCCAUAAAUUUGAGCGACUUCACAUCUUAGAAUUUGAUUUUAACAGAAAAUGUAUGUCGGUGAUAAUUAGAAAUGAGGAAGGAAAUAUUUACCUGCUUUGCAAAGGAGCUGAAUCUACUGUUGUCAAAAAGUGUGUUUCUGGUCCAAAAAAUGACACACUGACCCAUGUGAACGAUUAUGCUCUAGAAGGGCUAAGAAUACUGGUAGUUGCCCACAAGCAACUUUCAGAAGCUGAAUUUCAGAAUUUUGACAUCAAAAUAAAAACAGCACGAGCUGAAAUGGUAAAUAGGGAAGAAAAAGUUUUGAGGGUUUUUGAAGAAAUUGAACAAAACAUGACAUUGUUAGGAGCUACGGCUGUGGAGGACAGGCUACAGGAUGGAGUUUGUGACACAUUAAGUGCUCUAAAAGAAGCUGGAAUAAAGGUUUGGGUUUUAACUGGAGACAAAGAAGAAACAGCUAUUAACAUCAGCUAUUUAUCAGGCCACUUUCAGAAAGAUAUGGAGCUUCUGAAGCUUAUAUGUCAGAGGACCAGUAGCCAAUGCCAUAGGCAACUGAACAAAAUUAAAAUUCUGAUGGAAAAAGAACCAAUCAAAAGUUAUGCUCUCGUUGUGGAUGGUCUCACACUGACAUUUCUUCUCAGUGAGCUUCGUGACGAAUUUUACAAAGUUUGUUGCCAAUGCACUGGUGUUCUGUGUUGUCGUAUGUCUCCCAUACAGAAAGCGGAGGUUGUGAAGUUCAUCAAGAAUGGAUCUGAGAAGGUGGUUACUGCUGCAAUUGGGGAUGGUGCAAAUGAUGUCAGCAUGAUUCAAGAAGCUCAUGUUGGUUUGGGCAUUAUUGGUAAAGAAGGCCGCCAGGCAGUACGAUGCAGUGACUUUGCUUUUGCUCGUUUCCGGUUCUUGCUACGUGUUCUACUUGUUCAUGGUCAUUACUACUACAUUCGAAUUUCCACAUUGGUGCAGUACUUUUUUUACAAGAAUAUAGCUUUUAUCAUACCUCAAGCAUAUUUUGCAAGUUAUAGUGCCUUUUCUUCCCAGCCAAUUUACCAUAGCUUUUAUCUUAUGUUCUACAACAUCUUCUUCACCUCCCUCCCCAUUCUUGUGUUUGGCUUGACAGAACAGCACCUUAGUCAAAAAACCUUGCUCGACAAACCUCACUUGUACAGGAAUAUACGAAGAAAUGCCAAAAUGACUAAAUUACAGUUCACCAAGUGGAUUAUACAGGGAUUUUGGCAUUCACUUGUUCUUUACUUUGGUACACAUCUUUUUUGGAUAAAGAAUACUUCUUGUUUUUUGGAUGGUCAGAGUCUGGGUUUAUGGAGUUUUGGCACAUCAGUGUUUCAUAUACUUGUUCUCAUUGUUAACUUAAAGUUGUGCUUACAUACAAGAUAUUGGACAAAACUGUUUCUGUUUUCAUUACUGGCUACCAUCCUUGGCUUCAUGGGAUUUAAUUUCCUUUACAGUGGAGUUAUGUGGCACAGUAACACCAUGUUUUGGGUGUACAUGAAACUCCUGUCGUCACCAUCCUUCUGGUUGUUGAGCAUUAUCCUUAUUGUGACUGCACUGUUACCUGAUAUUUUGAUUUUACUUAUGAAUGAAUACAGUUUCAGUCAUAGGAAUAUGUUCGACAGAAGUAAAAAAUAUUCUUCAAUAAACUCCAGUACCACAGAGACUACCCUAUUGGUCAACAGACGUCCAUUAAUUACUCGGAAAGAAGGUUUCCAAGGUGAUGAUUAUAAAACCAGAAUCAAACAAAUGGUGCAAUCUUCAGAGAGUUCUGAAAACACAGAGGAUUUCUUAUUGGAAUCGAAGAGCAAAAGCAGAUAUCAAGGUGAUGACCAACAAACAAGAAUCAGGAAAGCAGUAUUGCACACUCCCUCUUGGUUUGCAGAAACUAAGAGCACAGAACAAGAGGAAAUUAAAAUGUUAGAAACAGAACUAUGAUACAUUCAUAGUGUAUGAGUUGGUAAAGUAUUGGUAAAUACCAAACAUAUAUCAAAAGAUAAAACUUACUGCUUAGUGUUUUAUACAAACAACAUAUAUAAAUAUAUUUUGUUAUAAGAGUGAGAAAUAAUUCAGCCAAUAUCUUUUGACUUAGAUUAGUUUCUGCACUCUCAAGAGCAGUAUUUUCAUAGUCCUAAAAACAAAGAUAGAUUUGUAAAGAUGAUGCUACUCACUGCACAUGUAUUUACCAGUUUAAGUAAUUUUAAUGUAGCUUCCAAAGGUUUUCUUUGAGUUAUAUUAUUCUAUAACAGUUUAUUUCUUUACAUCAGUAACAAUACACAAAUUUUGUGCUCAUACGUUACCGAAAAGAGAUUAGUUGCCAGUAUUCUAGAAAAACAAAAAAUAGUUUUGGCUAGCUUGAAAGUUGAAGAGAAAAAAAAGGAAAUAUUUUUGAGUUAUAAAGAUAUUUAAUUGCUUUAUAUAUAUAUUUCUCAUUUCGAGGAAGAGAUAUAUGGUUUAAGAUAUAAUCAUAACACUUUUUUUUUGUUUUUAAUAAAUAAAUAAAUAGAUAUGCAGUAAGGAAAGAUAACAAUGGAAUUGUAUCAAAGUUGCCUUAAGCAAAUGUAAACUUCUGUUCUGUUAGACACUUAAAAGGAAUAAGACUGAGACAGUAGUGUGUGAAGAAUAUAUAUAUAUAUAUAUAUAUAAACACUCAGACACAACUGUUGCAUAACACUUGCCAUAGUAUCAGAAAAAUCGACUUCUGGUGGAAGCAGAUGUGAAGAGAAGAAUUCUUUCUUUCUUUUUUUAAAUUAGGUAUUAUUACUCUGCAUAAGUACAGAAAAAUGUCUUGACAGUGGUCUGGAAAGAAAACAAUACAAUAGAAACACUUUUUAUAGAAAAAUAGAGAGUAUUUUUGUUGUACAUGUAUGUUAAAGUCUAGUUCCAGGAUCUUGAAAGGUACACUUUAGUCAUUUGGUUUCUGGAUAUUUCAGCAGUGCAUACUUUUGGUUUUCAGAUGGACAGAUUGAAAGAAGAUUGGUAAGAAUUAAGAUGGUAUAACUUAUGUUUUCAAAAUUGUCAAAAACAAGCAAAGGAAGUAAGUAUUUCAAUCAGUAUUUUGUGUUGAAAGGUUACGGUACACUAAUAAUGUUUUUAAACAACAUAUAUUAUGUAGAAUAUGUUCAACCAUCAAAGGAAAUAAGCACUUCAGUCAGUAUUUUGUGAUGAAAGGUCACAACACACUAAUAAUAUUUUUAAACAAUGUGUAUUAUGUAGAAUGUAUUAAACCAAUACAAGAAAUAAGCAUUUCAAUCAGUAUUUUGUAAUGAAAUAUUACAAUACACUAAUAAUAUUUUCCAAUAAAUGCUUCUAGUAAUGUUUUUAUCUAUAAAAGUGCAUAAAUAGCCUUGUAACCAUGCUCUAACAAGAUCUAUAUGAAUUUAUAUUGCAACUAUUCUUUGUCUUAAACACACACACUGCUCUAACAAAAUCUAUGUCAACUUAUAUUGUUUUAUUUUUGUAAAUAAAUUGUGAUGAAUUAAAAGGAGUUAUUAAUAUUUGAAUCACAAUUAGUUUCAAAGAUUUAUUCUACAUUAAUACAUAGGGUCAUAAAACUGAAGAAGUGGCCACUGGUAGUCAUUAAAUAGAGAAAAUCACAUUUUACGCAGGCUUGGAUCUUUUGCAUCCCAUCUUAUGGAAGCUAAACACCAAUUUCAUUUGGGCAAAAACCUGCAAAAUGCUACAUAGCUGUGAAAAAAUAAAUAGUCUGAAAACCUUAGAAAUAAGUAGAAUUCUAACAAUGAAUCCAGACAACGUUCUAAACAAGCAAAUCAACUUAAGUUCCUCCCCAAUUCUUACUCUACUUCCCUCAGGGUGAAUGUCAAAGUUCCUAACUGGAUUAUUUGAUUAAACACACAUAUAUAACUGUAUUUAAGUUAGUUCAGUCUGUUCCUGAUGAUGCCUUUACUGGUGAAACCAUGGUAGUAAUAAAUUAAAUAUUUGUUAAUUUAAUGACUAUCUUUGUUUUCCUCAAUUCUGACAAAAAUCACAUCUUACAAACUUAAUCAACUAAGAGCAUACAAUAGUUUUUGCAUGAAUGUUUAAUAAAAACAUCAUUGCAAAUUAAAAGAGAAAAUAUAUCUAUUUUUUUAACUUCAGAAAAGUAAAAAUACUUAAAUAGUAAACAUUGAGAAAAAACAAGGUACAUUUGUUUUCAUCUAUAUUAGGAGCAAAAAGGUGUUAAGUGUAGAGGUGUGUAACAAAAUUUAUGAAGUGUUCAAAAUGGAAAGUGUUAGUUAAGGUGGCAGGGAAAGUUUUAUAUGAUACAUCAACAGUGUCAGAGAUUGGGGUUACGUAGUAAAGUAGAACAAAAAUUUGGUGCAGUGUUUGAGGAAAGAAGCCAGUAGAAGAAGUAUCUAUAACCAAAGUAAUUGUUUUAAACUGUGCUGUUACUCUUUUUAUGUUUUUCGAUGAAUGUUACUUAUUUUUAGUGAAUUAUUUGUGUAUUUCUAGGAAAUACAUUUUAUAUGUGAAUUUUGGGCAUUUUAAGGUAAGCUUUUGGAAAAAAAAUAAUUGAAAAUAACAUUUUAAUGUCUAUAUUCAGAAAUUUUCUUUGGUGUUGAUUUUUCCCCAAAAGUUGAUAAUAACAAAAGGAGUAUCAGGUGAAUGUGAUGAGUGAUAUGCACAUUAUAUUCUUUUGGCAGAAAAUGUUAGAACUUUGUAUUGAACACAAGAAGAAAAAAAAACAGGAGAGUACAUGUUGGCAGAAAAAGUGACUAAUUUAUGAAUGGGGUUGCUUUUGGUUUUGAUAUUUCUAACCAGAUCUAGAAGAUCAGAAAACAUUUUAUGUAUCUGUGCAUCUUUCUCGUAACUUUAUUUGAGAAUGAUUAUAUAUUAUUAUUUCAUACCCCCUACCUGCCCCCCCCAAAAAAACCUUUAAAAUUGUCAACAUCUGUUUGUUUUGAAUACAUUUAUUGAAAGUUUUAUUGAUUUUUUUAUUAUGUUGCAAAGUUUCUGUGUUUAGUAUGACAGAUGGAGGCUCAUUUCAUUACUAUUUUUUAUUGGAUGUUAGCUGCUGUUUCUUUUGUUUUGCUAAUGAAAAUGGUUUUGUAUACCAAUUUUACAUUGUACAUAUUUUUACACUUGUUUUUAUGCAAGCAGAAAGCAGUGGUCUUGAAUUUUAUUGAGAAUUGCAGCAUUGUAUUCAUUAAUGUAAUUCAACUUAUUUUUUGAAAAAUGAUUCUUUUGCUCUGAGUCAUUUUUCUGAUUAACUUUCUUGAGAAAGUUACAGCAAGUUAUUUAUUUCAACUGGAAUGAAGUUUUUCUUAUAAAAAAUAUGGAUUUUGAUUAUCCUUGGAAAGCAUAUUGUUAUAAAAUCCACAGUAUGUUUUGAAAUAUUUCAAUGAAAAAGGGCAUUGUGGGUUUUUUCUGCUGAGAGCAUUUGGAACAUGAAGUAACGAUUGCUUAUGAUACAAAAAUCAUCAUACUUUGCAUUAGUGAGGUUUCUAUUGUUUUAGCAAUUUAUUAUUAUACAGCAGGUAAAAAUAUCCCAGAAAUUAAUUCUAAGCAGUAUUAAAUUUACAGUCUCACAGGUAUAUCCUAGUCAUCAUGGUAAAAUUAUAUUGUAUCAGUCUCUAUGUUUGUAUGAAAAUAUAAAAUUUUAAAUGGCUUAAAUAAAAUUGAUAAUAGUUACAAUUUACAUGCUUAAUCUGGCUCUCACAAUUACAGUCGUUCUUAAAAAUUGACAAUAUAUAUAGUGCUUUGACUUGACCACUACUAUGUCUGUCAUGUCCCAUCCAGCUUGAUGAGCCAUGGUGUUGGGCAAAAGGCCUUAUCGAUAUUGGAUAUGGCAGGUGUAGCAUGGUUGGUGUAUUAUAUCAUAUUCUUCAUUGCUUUUACUCCUGAGUUCUUAGAAUUAAAUAAUAGAUUAAAAUCAGGUUAAAUAUUCUUAAUAUUAAUGUUAAAGUGGGGAUGUUGUACUUAUAAAAAAAGAAAAAAGUAGUCAUUGAGAAACUUAGAACAGAUUUCUAAAGGAUACUUUAGUGAUACAGAAUAUUGGUAAAACAGUUUACUGUGGUCACUGGUUUCAUUGAAUAUUUGAUCCAGGGUUAAAUAAGCACCUGAAAAAAUCUUUUUUUUUUUGUUGAUAACUCACCCAAUGUCUAGAGCUACAAGCCAGAAAAUUUCACACUUUCAACUCACAGUUUUCAAUUAAUAUGUUUCUUGAUUGAUUUAUAGACAAAUGUAUGUUAUUUUGCCUUCUGUGUUGUUAUGUGUUACUCUGAUUUGAUAACCUCAAAUCCUGCAUAAUCACUUUUAAGUUACUACAUUAAAACUUAAAUACCUUAAUAUUUGUAAUGAUUUCAAAAUUGUUGUUUGUCUAAGCAAGAAAGAUGAGUAAGAUUUUGCAAAGAUUAGCUUAAAAGGUUGUUCAUUUUUCUGUCUCUUACUAGAUGAAAUUUGUGUCAUUUGCAUUAUUUGUAGUUUGUUCUACAUAGCAUAAUAUUAAAGAUGUAAUGGUAGAAGGCCUGUGACUCUCCAUCUAGACAAGUCAUUUGAAAUUUCUAAUGGAUUGCUACAUUUAUUUUAUCACUAUAUUUGCAGAAAUAGGUUGGAAUAUUUUUAUGCUAAUUGUAAUGUCAGAAGUUUAAUGAAAACUGUAUGCAUUAUUGCAAAUUUAUAAAUAAACUUUUAAAACACCAUG